AUGCUUGGCGCGUCAAGCGAGACCGAGUAUGGUUUAGCUCAAAGCUCCUCGAACUUUACUUAUAUCAAACAACACCUUGGUGUAAAGUGGGAAAGUUAUAAGUGCUGGGUCGUUAAGCACAUUGAUGCCCAAGCCGAAGGUGGAUGCAGCUAUACGGUGAAAAGCGGUGGCUGGAAUGCCAUCCGAGACUACAUGAAUUGGAUUCGCGCUGGAUUGGAACACUGGAACUUGUGGGACGAGGCAUCGAUCGAGUCUUUUGUGCAACAGGCGGAGGAUGUGCUUAGAGAGCACUCCAACGAUUCGGGCAAUGACUGGAAUUAUUCCGUCGACGAGUACUGGAAGGACCGCAACGGCCAAACUCAGGAUGAUGAAGAGUUUGAGGAAGAACCCGAUGAAGAACCUCAGAAACAACCUCCGAAAGCACAAGACCGACGAACUGAGGAAUUUCAUUUCCCUGGCCCAUGGCACACACACUUAGUGUUCCUUCAGCUGCAGUGUCCACUGGGGGGAAAUGUUAGCGAUGUCAACUGUAACUGA